AUGAACGAAAUGGAGCAACUAUCCAAUCGACUAUUAACUUCAGCCGAAGAUCAAACGAGAUCGGUUUAUGAGAAGAUGCUUCUCGUCGGAAAGGAUGCCAGUCAACGUUGGACAUCGAGGCAGGAGAUGCUCGAAACAUACGAGAAAAGUAUCGAAAAAUAUCGGCGAAUAUUUAUCGACGAACUGCAAUUUAAAGAAUUCAAUCCACCAGGCUUGAUCGUUCUCGACAAUCCACUACUAUCUCGGGGAUAUUACUACAAAGAUAAAUUUUAUCUCAAUGUUUGCAAUUGGGAUAACGGCGAAGCGAAAUAUGCCGUGGAGAAUUUAACUCUACACGAAACCGUUCCUGGACAUCAUUUACAAUUCGAUAUAUCGUAUCAUUCGCCGAAUCAUAACUACUUAACGACCGUUCUGUCGACUCCGUGCAACGGAUUCAUUGAAGGAUGGGGUUUAUUCGCUGAACAUUUAGGUGAUGCCAUGUUAAAUAACCCAUGGAUUUACUUCGGAUACCUACAAGCGAAUAUUUUACGUACAUUUCGUAUUAUUGCUGAUAUACUUCUACAUGUGGAAGGGCAAACGCCGUAUGACGUUAUUCAGUUAGCGAAAUUGUAUUUAACAGUAAGUGAAGAAUGCAUCACCAGUGAAGUUUAUCGUUAUCGGAUCCUUCCCGGUCAAGCAUGUUCAUAUAAAGUCGGUUUAGAAGUGUUCAAGCGGAUUAUGAAACAGAAAUUUCAAGUAGAAGAUGUCAACGAUUAUCUCCGACCGGAUCUUCUCGAUUGGUAUAAAGAACUUCUAUGGAAAACGGAGCGACCAUUAGAUAUUUUAUUAGCUGAAAAUGGAAUAUCAUGGUCCUUUGAUGAAUGA